CUCCCUGCCGCCGAGGGGAGGAUGCUGAACGUGCACCUUCAAGGGACGAGGCGAGCUGACGGUCGCGUUAGUAAUCGUGUGAAGCUGGGUUAUAACUAACCCGCCACCCCCAUCCCCCGACUGCGGCUCCUGCAACCCCGGGGCGCUGUGCGUGCCCACGGACAAGUGCAUUUGUAGUCAUGGAAAUGUGCGAAACGUGACGUCUCUGGGGCUUCUCGAGUUUUUGCUUGAUCAUACCAGCAGUGCACUUCCCAUCAGGAUCCUGGGCCUGAAAAAAUAUGUGUAACACACCGACUUACUGUGACCUAGGAAAGGCUGCCAAGGAUGUCUUCAACAAAGGAUAUGGAUUUGGCAUGGUCAAAAUAGAUCUGAGAACCAAGUCAUGUAGUGGAGUGAUGGAAUUUUCUACUUCUGGUCAUGCUUACACUGAUACAGGGAAAGCAUCAGGCAACCUAGAGACCAAAUACAAGAUUUGUAACUAUGGACUGACCUUCACCCAAAAGUGGAACACAGACAAUACUCUUGGGACAGAAAUCUCUUUGGAGAAUAAGUUGGCUGAAGGGUUGAAACUGACUCUUGAUACCAUAUUUGUACCGAACACAGGAAAGAAGAGUGGGAAGUUGAAGGCCUCCUAUAAACGGGAUUGUUUCAGUCUUGGCAGUAAUGUUGAUAUAGAUUUUUCUGGACCAACCAUCUAUGGCUGGGCUGUGUUGGCCAUUGAAGGUUGGCUUGCUGGCUAUCAGAUGAGUUUUGACACAGCCAAAUCCAAACUGUCACAGAAUAAUUUCGCCCUGGGUUACAAGGCUGCAGACUUCCAGCUGCACACGCACGUGAACGAUGGCACUGAAUUUGGAGGGUCGAUCUACCAGAAGGUGAACGAGAAGAUCGAAACAUCAAUAAACCUCGCGUGGACGGCUGGCAGUAACAACACCCGUUUCGGCAUCGCCGCUAAGUACAAGCUGGAUUGUAGAACUUCUCUAUGUGCUAAAGUGAAUAAUGCCAGCCUGAUUGGACUGGGUUAUACUCAGACCCUUCGACCAGGAGUGAAACUGACCCUGGCAGCUCUAAUCGAUGGAAAGAACUUCAAUGCAGGAGGGCACAAGGUCGGGCUGGGAUUUGAACUAGAAGCUUAAUGUGGUUUUGAAUAAGCAUCAGCUUUGUCCCUGGAGGUGAAGAGAAAUGAACCCACUAUGUUUUGGCCUUAAAAUUCUUCUGUGAAAUUUCAAAAGUGUGAACUUUUUAUUUUUCCAAAGAAGUGUAAUCCUCCUCACACUGAAGCCUAGAUAUCGAGUCCAGCCUAAGGGAGGUGUGCUUGAAGCCAUGCCCAGAAGUUGUCACAUUUGUGCCACAUUUCAGUUCAGUUCCGCAGUGUUAUUUUCAGUGUGUUGCUCAGCGACAGUGUAGUGUCAUGUUACAGAGGAGAUGACCCGACCCUCCAGUUGUCCAUCACGUCCUGCAUGUCCCACACCACUUUUCCAUGACCUUGUAAUAUAUUGGCCUCUGUGCGGCAGUGGAAUCUUUUCGUUUUGCAUCAGAGUAAAAUAAAAUAAACCCAUCACAUUUGGAACAUAAUUGCUCA